GGUAGAUCCAUGAUGAAAGUAUGCAAUGGAAUGUCAAAACCUACUAAUUGCUAAUAAUGCUGUCAUAUCAGGCGGUGGGCUCAUGAUGCUGCUCCACUGGGCGCCACUUCCGUUUGGUUUUGCCAUCGCAAUCACCGUACCCAGAACGUGAGGAAUUUGCCAGGCUACCGGUUUUAAGAACCUCGUUCCACCACCAAAUAUUUUCCAGUACCCGCCCCAACCGCUGACGAUAACCUGGAUCAGUGCGUGGAACUGGAGGAAACACAAAAAGGAGACAAGAUUUAUAGCGCAAUGCAUUGCAUGACCCACCAUAACGACGGCCGUGCCCCGGCUUCGGUCCGUUGCAAUCCAGUGCACGUCAGCUGCUUGAUGAAAAUGGGCCAGCACCAGCAGCGACUUCUCUGCCCCCUUAUAUCCUUACUACGCAUCUCCUCAUGUCUGCUCCCCCCCGCGCUACCUCAAUGGAGAGGGUCCAGCAACAGCAUCUGCCCCUCCCAAUUGGGUCAUCUCAGCAGCAGCAGCAGCAGCAGGAGCGAUGCGAUGACUGGAUAUUUUUCGAUGUUCCUAGUGAUAUUACUAUUGAUGUGAAUGGUGUGAGCUUCAAAUUACAUAAGUUUCCACUCAUCUCCCGAAGUGGUCGAAUUCGGAAGUUGAUAGCAGAACACAGAGAUGCCGAUAUUGCAAGGAUAGAGUUGCUUACCUUACCUGGUGGUGCUGACUCCUUUGAGCUGGCUGCCAAAUUUUGCUACGGUGUAAACUUUGAGAUCACGACUGCAAAUGUUGCUCAACUAUGUUGUGUGUCAGAUUACCUAGAGAUGACAGAAGAAUAUGCAAAUGAAAACCUUGCCUCCCGUUCAGAAGCUUACCUUGAUGGUGUUGUCUGUAAAAGCCUUGAAAUGUCUGUUGAAGUCUUGCAACAAUGUGAAGGCCUUUUUCCACUUGCAGAUGAACUUAACAUAGUUGGAAGGUGUACAGAUGCAAUAGCUUCAAAGGCUUGUGCAGAGCAGAUAGCCUCAAGCUUCUCACGUUUAGAAUACAGCAGUUCUGGAAGGCUUCAUAUGAACAAACAGGCAAAAUGUAAUGGUGACUGGUGGAUUGAAGACCUCUCAGUCCUUCGGAUUGACUUGUAUCAAAGAGUCAUAGAAGCAAUGAAAUGUCGAGGAGUCCAUCCUGAGAGCAUUGGAGCAUCACUGGUGAAUUAUGCAGAGAAGCUGUUCAAGAGGAAACCUACCUUAUGGACUGCAACAAGUCGUCCCAGAGUUGGACUAAUGCCUGGUUCCGUUGGUUUUGAGGAAAAAACAGUGGUUGAGACUAUCGCUAGUCUUCUGCCUGCAGAAAAAGUUGCUGUGCCAAUGAGUUUUCUGUUUGGGCUCCUGCGGUCAGCAGUGAUGCUUGAUUGCACAAUGUCCUGCAGGUUAAAUCUUGAGAGGAGAAUUGGGUCACAACUCGAAAUGGCAACUCUUGAUGAUCUUUUAAUACCAUCUUUUCAGCAUGCCGGGGACACAUUAUUUGAUGUUGACACAAUUCACAGGAUUCUCGUAAUCUUCUCUCAGCAGGAUGAGAGUGAGGAUGGAGGUUCGGGUUAUGAUUCUGAUGGUCCUAAUCCUCCCUCUCAGACAGCAUUAGUCAAAGUUGCAAAAUUAGUGGACAAUUACCUAGCUGAAAUUGCUCCAGAUGCAAAUCUUAAGCUUGCCAAAUUCGUUGUCAUUGCAGAUACCUUACCAGGAUAUGCACGCACAACAGAUGAUGGAUUGUAUCGUGCUGUUGAUAUUUACCUCAAGGCUCAUCAGGGACUGUCAGAUUUAGAAAGGAAGAGGCUCUGCAAACUCAUUGAUUUUCAAAAGCUCUCAGAGGAAGCUAGUGCUCAUGCUGCACAAAAUGAACGACUUCCGCUUCAGGCAAUUGUUCAGGUUCUCUAUAUCGAACAGUUAAGACUCCGAAAUGCUCUAUGCUGCUCUUUUUCAGAAGACAACCAGAAAACAGCAUACCAAUCACGGCGGAUCAGCAAUGGAGCACUCAGUGCAGCAAUGUCUCCUCGAGAUAACUAUGCAUCACUAAGGAGAGAGAACCGUGAGCUGAAACUUGAGCUGGCUCGGAUGCGGGUACGGAUCAAUGAUCUUGAGAAAGGACAUGCAUGCAUGAAGCAAGACUUGGAGAAGUCCAGUUCUAAGAAAUUGAUGAAUUCUAUGAAGAAGUUUGGAAAAUUGUUCAUUAGCCACAGUCCUUUCAGGGGUUCAAGUUCACCAUCCAAGCAUUCUAUGGUGACAGAUUCUAAAGUCACUGGAAGAAUAUAAGUCAGUUCAUGUCAUGGAGCUUUUGAAUUUUGGAAUAAACAAGAAUUUUGUCCAUUUGGCACUGGCAUGACCCUCGGAUUUUUAUGAUCAAAAUAGGAAGCCCAGUUGGACACAUCAGCAUAUAUAUGCUAUAUGAUUUGACAAUCAAGUUUUUUUUUACAUACUGAUUGUGAGAACUGUCAGUAUUACGCUGUAAAUAUCAUUGUAAAAAUAUCAUUAAUAUUUUUGUCUUUCAGUUAUUGGGGACCAUAUAUAAGAUAUUCUUCUUCUUA